AUGUUGGCGUCAAAGCUGGAGCGUCGACCCCGAGAUUGGAUUUCUACUCCACCAUCAUCUGCUGCAGCACCGAAACUACUUGCCGUCUUCGCAAAUGUCACCACCGCCGGACAACUCUUUGCGCAGGGCGGGAGACAGGCACUCGCAUACUCCUUAUUCUUGCAAAAGAUGCCACGCUCGGAAACGCAAGGCCAGUCCAGUCCACGCAGUUCCCCCCCUGCAGCCUUCAUCUUGGCUGACCUCUGUCAUAGUGUGACCGCAAACACCCGCAGUGUUCGUCAUGUGCGGCCGCCAAUGUGCCCUGUGUGGUCGAAGUCAAACAACGGGAUAAGCGCUACGUGCAGGCAUUAUUGUAGACAGAUAAAUGAUCUGGGCGCGCAGAAUGAAGCCCUCCGCCGCCGCGUUCGGUGGCUCGAAGGGAUCGUCACUGCUGCGGAUCCUGCGCUUGCGAACAUUGCCGAUAUUCCUACCGGACAGACGGUCCAUGGCGUCAGUCAAAGCCAGCACGAUGCAAGCCAGACGCACGAGACGGAAAUCCAGACAAUCGAGACCUCCCGAAUUGUGAUUGGAGAUGAUUACGGUCAGCAUCUAGCCGAGACUGUUCCAAGCUUGUCACAGUCCAUCACACCCCUAUUUCUCGGGCUCUCUCAACAACCGCCUGGCCUACCAGCGCAAAAUACCAGUCCGGCAUCGCACGGAGACGAUACUAUAGUACUCACGCCUGAAUGGUCCCCCAGCGCGGUUUCGAUGGCGCUCCCUCCCCUUGAGCAAGCCAUCGACAUGUGCAAAAACUUCCUCAACGACCACAAGCAAUCUCACCACAUUGUCGAUGAGGAGGAGCUCGUGCAGGACCUCCAAAAGGUCUAUGAGGCGGACGGACUCACAAGCAGACAGCUGUCUCGUAAUCGCUUUCGGUGUUUCAUCAUACUUCAUCUUGCUCAAUUCCAGCCCUACAGCGCCGGGGCAGGCCAUCCGGAAGAACAGCAAGCGUACAAGUCAACCGGCCUGUACCGACGCCUCGCUCUCAGAGACGUUGGCGAAACGAUUGGCCGGGAAGAUCUGGAAUGCGUGCAAGCUCUGGGCUUGCUGGCGCUGGUGAGCAUCCAAGAACCAGAGGGACCGGACUUCUGGCACCUGAUAGGAAUGGCAGCACGAGCGGCCAUUGCAAUUGGCAUACACCGCAAGGACAGUGUCUACCUGCCCCCUCUGAGCAAUGAGUAUCCUGAUGCGCAGAGGCUGCAGCAUCACAAUGACCGCCGGAAAAACAUCUUUUGGGCGAUAUAUAGCCUAGAUCGGCUCGCCACCUUCACAUUGUGUAGGCCCCCAGCACUUCGGGAUGCGGAUAUAGACGUCGCGAUGCUCACGCUUUCGACGUCUCCUACAAUCUCCAUCCAAGUCCCGGGUCCUGCAGUGCGAGCGCACAGUCUUGAGGGCCGUAAACUUUACGGUCAGAUCCACGAGUCAUUAUAUGGGGUACAUGUCAAUGCAGAUAAGCCAGCCGAGGAGAGAGAGGCAAUAAUUUCCAAUUACACACAACAAGUGCAUGCUUGGUAUGCCUCAAGUCCACUGAGGGCUGCCUUUGUGCCCCUCACAGAAGCCACAGUCAGACGACAGAUAUUCACCGCAUGCACCACCCUCGUCUACUGCUUUCGCGAGUAUCAAACCCGCAAUGAUCUGACCGAGCUGCCAGCUCACCAAGUUGCCAAGCGCAUCGAAGAAUGCAGAGAGCUGCUCAACCAAUUUGAGCCAUCCUCGCCGCGGACCCUUCUAUACGAGUCCAUGUUUGACUCUCUGGCUUCCCCGAUGAGCCAAGAGAUGUGGCACCGGCAGCAACAGCAACAGCCACAACAGCCACAGCAGAGUCAUGUCACAGGGAAUUUUGAGGCUGGCCAACACUCUGAAGGCAGCCCAUAUGGGACCACAAGUUUAUCCACAGCCGCAGAUCCAGCAAUCAACGAACUACAGUUUCCAGUAAAUGGCAACAACAUCGACCUGUUCAAACACACAUCACUGUCACCCACAAGCUUGAUGAGAGGAUUUUGGGCAGAUACGUCGAUCAUGCCUGACAUUCCAUGGAGCUAG